AUGGAUAACUCAACAAACUAUGGCAGUAUCGCCGGGAAAGGCGAACUCUAUCACACACCACCGACUCGAAAAGCUGGAGCACUUCCACAUCUAGCCGACUGGAUGUGCUUUCUGCCAGACGACAUUCCAAUUUCAGCGCUCUCAAUUCCUGGAACACAUGAUAGUGCUGCAUUCAUGAGCACCUGGCCUUUCGUCGCGACUCAGACACUAACCGCUGCGCAACAACUCGAUGCUGGUGUUCGAUACUUUGACCUGAGAUGUGGCAUCAUCAAAGAUGAGGUUCAGAUGGUACAUGGCAGAGCAGUCCUUGGCCUCAAGUUGUCUGAUCUCCUUGCCUCAAUGUAUGCCUUCCUCAAGAAACACCCCAAAGAAGCCAUCAUCAUACAAUUAAAGCAAGAUCGCAAAGACGAAGCAUCAACACGACCUUUCUCUCAACUAGUCCUGGAUCUCAUGCACGAACACGCCAAGCACUGGCGCUUAGAAACCACAACACCUACUUUAGGCGAACUACGUGGACGCAUUCAAUUGCUCCGCCGCUUCUCCACUUUCCAACACCAACAAUACACUACGGGCAUCGAUGUAACCAGGUGGCCAGAUAACCCACCUUUACCUUUUACGGUCCGCACACGCGUGGGCGUUCACCUUACGAUUCAAGACCACUACUCCUUCUCCACACCCGAGAACCUAUCUUCUCUAGUAGCCAAGAAAGGCGGUGAUGUAGCAUCCAUGCUCAUGCGUGCAUCCCGCGAUGCAGAGCCCUGGCAUUGGUACAUCAAUUUCAGCUCGGCAUUCGAGUUCAACAUCUACUAUCAAAUUCCGCCCAAAGACAUUGCCAUAGGCGGGUACUCGGUGUUCAGAUGGGUAGAGGGGAUAAAUUUGCGACUGUGCAACUUCCUCAAGCAGAGACUAGAUGAUGUGGACGAACCUCAAAGAUUCGGAGUUGUGGUUAUGGACUUUGUGGAGAAGCCUGCGACCGAUCUUGUAAAGACUGUCAUAGAAGCCAACUUUGUGGUGCCGAGGGAAAGAAGAGGUGGCAUGGCUGGCAGGAAGAAGGAAACCAUCAUUCUGGGGCUUGUAAUGAUGUUGGCACUCUUGGCUUGGGCGAUGUUUGAGUGGCACAGAUUCAAUCAGGUCGAUGAACGUUGGUGCCCAAUGUUUCUGCAUUCUUGUUCUUCACAGCCUCUCCACAAAGCGAUCGCUUAA